GGGUUCCUCGCGAGGCAUUUUGGGAAAUGUAGUAGUUUCAAUUCCGAAGGGAGCAGGUUUGAAGUCGGACGAGCGCCCUCGCUGGCCGUAGGAGGAAAUCCUUCGGGGCUGUGAAGAACAUUUUUCUGGCUGUGCUCUCUGGGAAACGUAGGCAAAUUCCUAUGAUGGAGCCAGACAUAAUUCUGGACUUCCCAUCAUGCACUCGGGAAAAGCGGGACGGAAAGUCUGUCAGGAGCCCUGGACGAGGGAGGGGCUGCUGUUGGAGGUAACUCUCUCCUUCUAUGAGGGGAGCAGAAGGUGCCUGAGGGAUCACUUGUGAACUCUCAGAGAAGAGUAUGAAUGUUUCUGAAGCCUGGCUGUUCAGUGGUUCCUCACUAGCAUCUCAGGUUCAUGCUGCUGCUGUUAAUGGACACAAAAGUGCUCUUCUAAAGCAAAUAGCAGGAAACCCUGAUCUGAAAGAGAAAGAGGACCAGUUUGGGAGAACUCCGCUCAUGUAUUGUGUGUUGGCUGAUAGACUAGACUGUGCUGAGGCUUUAUUGAAGAUAGGAACUGAUGUUAAUAAAGCUGACCGUAGUCAAAGGACAGCUCUCCAUCUUGCUGCACAAAAGGGAAACUAUCGGUUUAUGAAACUUUUACUUGCUCGUAGAGCAAACUGGAUGAAGAAGGAUUUAGAAGAAAUUACUCCUUUACACUUAACUACUCGGCACAAGAAUCCAAAGUGCUUAUCUUUGUUACUAAAAUAUAUGGCACCAGGAGAAGUAGAUACACAGGACAAGAACAAGCAAACUGCUCUUCACUGGAGCGCCUACUAUAAUAAUCCAGAGCAUGUGAAACUUCUAAUCAAAUAUGAUUCUAAUAUUGGAAUCCCAGAUAUUGAAGGCAAAAUUCCACUUCAUUGGGCAGCUAACCACAAGGAUCCCAGUGCAGUUCAUACUGUCAAAUGCAUUUUGGAUGCUGCUCCCACUGAAUCUCUGCUGAACUGGCAAGACUAUGAAGGACGAACUCCCCUUCACUUUGCAGUUGCUGAUGGGAAUGUGGCUGUAGUUGAUUUAUUGACCUCCUAUGAAGGUUGCAAUGUGACCUCUUAUGACAAUUUAUUUCGAACUCCCCUCCACUGGGCAGCUUUACUGGGUCAUGCACAGAUUGUCCACCUUCUUUUAGAAAGAAACAAGUUUGGGACCAUUCCAUCUGACAGCCAAGGGGCAACACCUUUACACUAUGCAGCACAGAGCAACUUUGCUGAAACAGUGGAAGCAUUUCUGAAGCAUCCGUCUGUGAAAGAUGACUCAGAUCUUGAGGGAAGAACAUCUUUUAUGUGGGCUGCUGGGAAAGGCAGCAACGAUGUCAUUCGGACAAUGCUGAAUUUAAAAUUGGACAUUGACAUCAACAUGGCAGACAAAUAUGGUGGCACAGCAUUACAUGCAGCUGCCCUUUCUGGCCAUGUCAGCACUGUGCAAUUGCUGCUAAAACAUGACGCUCAGGUGGAUGCUACUGACGUAAUGAAGCACACUCCCCUUUUCCGUGCCUGUGAGAUGGGACAUAAAGAAGUGAUACAGACGCUCAUUAAAGGGGGAGCAAGAGUUGAUUUGGUUGACCAAGAUGGCCACUCUCCCUUACACUGGGCAGCUCUGGGAGGAAACCCUGAUGUUUGCCAAAUAUUGAUAGAAAAUAAAAUCAAUCCCAAUGUACAGGAUUAUGCAGGCAGAACUCCACUACAGUGUGCUGCCUAUGGGGGCUACAUUAAUUGUAUGAUGGUGCUACUGGAAAACAAUGCAGAUCCAAAUAUUCAAGAUAAAGAGGGAAGGACGGCUUUACAUUGGCUAUGUAACAAUGGUUACCUUGAUGCUGUAAAGUUGCUGCUGGGAUUUGGUGCCUUUCCUAACCAUAUGGAGAACAAUGAAGAAAGAUACACUCCACUUGAUUAUGCCUUGCUUGGAGCUCACCAUGAAGUAAUACAGUUUAUGUUAGAGCAUGGUGCAUUAUCCAUAGCUGCCAUACAGGACAUUGCAGCCAUCAAAAUCCAGGCAGUUUAUAAAGGAUACAAAGUUAGAAAAGCCUUUCAAGAUAGGAAAAAUCUUCUAAUGAAGCAUGAACAGCUGAGGAAAGAUGCCGCUGCCAAGAAACGUGAGGAAGAAAAUAGAAGGAAAGCCACAGAAAUACGGAACGAACUGCAGAACUCCAAGGCUCAAGUGCAGCAGCAGUAUUUUUCAGAGAGAGUGAGGAGUGGUAUGAAACUUCACAUCCCAGAACACUCCAAUCAACAAGGCAAUGCUCGGAGUAAAAGGCCUCCCUCAGGCCACAUGCCUCAAAACCAACUAGGAAAAAGCAAGGAGAGCUUAGCCACAGUCUUGCCAAACAAAGCUGACAAAACCAUAUGUCACUCCAGAGAGCUGCUUGGUGAAGAUCACAAAAGGAAAAAGGAUGGUGAAGGAAAAGAGAAUCUAACAUCCUUAGGAAGGGAGUUCCAGAGAUGUAAUGCUGCCACUGAAAAUUCCCUUUCCUGGCAGCCACCAGGUGAAUUUACCUUAAUUUACCUUGUCGAUCUCAAGAACCAGGCAGGUUCAUAUAGAAGCAAGCAGUCUAAGGCAUCAAGAACAAACAGCAAAAGCAAGUCUGCUUCUGUUGCUUUCAAUUCCAGUCAGGAAAAUGAGGCAUCCAGGCAUCAAGUUGAAGCAAAGCAUCAAACUAUAUCUGCAACCUCAGGCAGGGAUGAUAAAAAACACAAGGAACCUAGUAUAAGAGCAAAUGGCACUUUUAUGCAUGCCAGCAUAAGGCACAACUCCAGCUGUAAAGCUGCCAGCUCUGGGAAGAAAUCAGAAACUCAAAGUCAGUCAAUAAAUGAUGAUAUUAGCCAUUGUGAAGCAAAAGCAGUUUGUGGUCAGAGCAGUAACUGCACACAUAGAAGUACAAGGCAGAGUGAAGUGGCAUUUCAAGGCAGCCCACAGCAGUUGAAAGCAAGAAGCAAAGAUAAAAAUGAUGAGAGAUGGUCCCCAGCUGGCUCUAGUAGGCCUGGGAGUGCCAAAGUGGAAAGUGUAAACAUCCGAAGAGACACUUCAAGCACUGCUGUUACACAAACCAAUAAGGCAACACAUAACAAUCUUACCAAAAAAUCUAGUCUUUUGCUGGCUAACAAUGCACGAACUACAAGGCAUGUGCCCAACAAACUAGCAUUAAGCAACGUCCAUGGAGACAGUCCAAAACUGGACAGGCAGACUGUAACAACGCCUGGGAAUUCAGAGGAUCAGUUGUGUGCUCUUUUAGUGCAGAGACAAAAUAUUGAACUUGUUCCUUCAGAGAUCCGGAUGCAGAUGAUAGAGAAGGAAAGGGCAAGAAAAGAGCUCUUCCGGAAGAAGAACUGUGCUGCUACCAUUAUUCAAAGGGCUUGGAGAAGCUUCCUAUUAAGAAAGCAGUUCCUUCAGCUUGUUAGUGCUAAGCAGCAGUGCAAGGAAGAAGACGACAAAUGGCGAGAAGAGAUGGCUGCUUUUUGCAUUGAGGUCACUUGGAAGAAGCACUUGAACCAUACAUCUCUGAAAUCUGUUUCCUCAGGCAAAAAUCUCAAGUCCAUGAGCAAAAGCAGUGUAGCUGUGAACUCCACUCACAAGCCAUCGCCCUUGAAGCAGAUAUAUGAAAUCUCCAAUCUAGUACAAAAUGCUCAAAACUACCCAAGGUAUGCUGUUUUUUUUUUUUUUUUACAAAGAAAGGUCAACAACAGGCAACAUAAUAUAGGACAUCUAAAAGUGUAUAAGAUUUUAAAUAUAAUCCCUCAAAACUACAAACAAAUAUCUUUAUAUAUAAUAUUUAAAACUACAAACAAAUAUCUAUACCAGAAUGCACUUCAUUAUCUUUGGAUAUUUUACUGGAUUAAACGCCAUCUUUACCCGACGGGACUAAUUCCUAAAUUCUUAUCGGUUGAGCCACAAUCAUCCUGGAGUAGGAAGAUAACAGACAAACUUAGUCAAGGUGGACUAUCUCCUGCCCUACUGCUGGAGGCCGGCGAAAACACAGCCCGUAGACUGGUGAGACAGAGAUUGAUAGACAUAGAUUUACAAACUGAGAAGGCCAGUUUACCGCUUUUCUACAAAUCAAUCUAUGCUAAGGUGGAUCUUACUCCAGCAGCAUAUUUAUUUACAAUCACCUUAAGUAAAUUUAGAUGGGCCUUCUCUAGGGCUAGGUUCAACGUUUUCCCAUCGGCUUUACUGUACGGGAAAUACGCAAAAUUACCCUAUGAAGAAAGGAAAUGUCCUUGCGAUCAGGCGGUCGAAACUGUGGCCCACAUUUUAUUGAAAUGCCCAAUAUAUCAGGACAUAAGGCAUCAAUUAAUUGAUCCAUUAUUAAAAGAUCUGAAUGGAAAAGACGAUGACCUGGUGGUAACGUACUUAUUGGAUGACAAGGAUAUAUCAACUUCUGCUGCAGUAGCCAAGUUUUGUUAUGUGGCCUCAAGAUUACGGCCCUCAAAAGAAUAGAGUCUCUGAGGCUUCUGGGAAGCUACAAUAUGCACAUGUACUCCAUUUUAAGUGAUUAACUGGUUUUUAUUUAAUGUUUCAAAUUUUCUGAAAGUAUGUUUUGUUUUCUCUUUUUUGUAAAUGUAAAUGUGUUGUAUCGUUUGGUCAAAGACUGUAAAUAAAUACUAAACUAAAUCUUUGGAUUUACAGAGAAAUAAACAUCAAUUUAUCAUG